AUGGGUGACUGGAGCUUCCUGGGGGAGUUCCUGGAGGAGGUCCACAAGCACUCCACGGUCAUCGGCAAGGUCUGGCUUACCGUCCUGUUCAUUUUCCGAAUGCUGGUCCUAGGCACCGCUGCUGAGUCGUCCUGGGGAGACGAGCAGGCUGAUUUUCGGUGCGAUACCAUUCAGCCUGGUUGCCAGAAUGUCUGCUAUGACCAAGCCUUCCCCAUCUCCCACAUUCGCUACUGGGUACUGCAGAUCAUCUUCGUAUCUACGACGCCGUCUCUUGGUCUACAUGGGCACGCCAUGCACACAGUGCGCAUGCAGGAAAAGCAGAAGCUGCGGGAUGCGGAGAAAACCAAAGAGGCCCGUGCCACCGGUGCCUAUGAGUACCCGGUGGGCAGAAGGCAAGAGCUGUCCUGCUGGAAUGAAGUGGAAGGAAAGAUUGUCCUCCGGGGCACUCUCCUCAACACCUAUGUCUGCACCAUUCUGAUCCGCACCACCAUGGAGGUGGCCUUCAUCGUGGGCCAGUACCUCCUCUACGGGAUCUUCCUGGACACCCUGCACGUCUGCCGCAGGAGUCCCUGUCCUCACCCUCAUUGUUACGUCUCGCGGCCCACAGAGAAGAACGUCUUCAUUGUCUUUAUGAUGGCCGUGGCUGGGUGUCCUCUCUUCCUCAGCUUGGCAGAACUCUACCACCUGGGCUGGAAGAAGAUCCGACAGCGCUUUGUCAAGUCCCGGCAGGGGAUGGAUAAGCAGCAGCUUCUUGGCACCUCCACAAGCCUAACCCAGAGACUCACUCCUCCCCCUGGCUUCAACCAGUGCCUGAACAGAGCAGGCGAGAAGUACUUGGGGGGCUUAAGUAAUAAUAUGUGUUCCCGGAAGAAUCCAGACACUCUGGCUGCAGAGGAAGUGCCGGACCAGGAGCAUAUUUCUCGAGGUUUCAACAUGCAAUAUAGCCACAAACCCGAGGAGCCCAAUGGAGCCUCUCCGAGCCACGACCUUCCUCCGGGCUACCGUGCUGACAAGCGCCGCCUUAGCAAGGCCAGCAGCAAAGCAAGGUCAGAUGACCUGUCAGUGUGACCCUCUGAGGGAAGGCCAGUUCCAGGAGGGAUCUCAGGAGGCUGCGACAGGGAGAAGCAGUCUCUCAGGACAGUAUAUUCUUCCACUCAGCACUGACAUGCUCCUUCCCAUCCCAGGUCUGGAUGGCAUUGCUCAUCUAUUCUCAAAAUCACAGUUCGAGGGUCUUCUCAAAGACAGGGCUACUCCUCAGGACUCAUCCUCUACCAGAAUACACAGGGACACCUUUCACGUGAUUUAUUAAAUUGGAUAGGGUGGAGGCAGGGACAGGAACCAUGACAAAUCUGGCCUGGAAAGGACAGACAUGAAGAUUCAACACCAGCAACAUACCAGAUAGAAACUCCAGGUCUUGGCUUCUUUGGUACU